CUAGGCUUUGACUGCACAGUGGUCAGAUACUAGGCUUUGACUGCACAGUGGUCAGAUACUAGGCUUUGGAAGCACAGUGGUCAGAUACUAGGCUUUGGAAGCACAGUGGUCAGAUACUAGGCUUUGGAAGCACAGUGAUCAGAUACUAGGCUUUGGAAGCACAGUGGUCAUAUAUUAGGCUUUGGUACAGUACAAGCAGCAAUGAGGAUCCUACUGUGUGUGCUCCUUGGAUUGCUGUUUGCAGUCUCUGGGGAGGGAAAAAGGGGAGAGCCUAAGACAUCCACUGGGUCUUGUGUACCGAUCACAAUACCUCUAUGCCAAGACCUGCCCUACAACCACACCCUCAUGCCCAAUAUUUAUGGACAUGCCAGUCAGGAAGACGCUGGUCUAGAGGUCCAUCAGUUCUGGCCCCUGGUGAAUAUCCAGUGCUCCCGAGAGCUAAAGCCUUUCCUCUGUUCACUGUAUGCCCCAGAGUGUGAGUCUGGGAGAACCCGCGCCCCCUGUAAGAGGACCUGCCAGGCAGCAAGACAAGGCUGUGAGCCACUGAAGAGGAAGUUUGGUUUUGAAUGGCCUGAGAAUUUCGACUGUGAGCGGUUCAGUGAAGAGACUUGUGAGGCGGUCAGUGUUACUGCCACUGGGGAGGGAAAAAGGGGAGAGCCUAAGACAUCCACUGGGUCUUGUGUACCGAUCACAAUACCUCUAUGCCAAGACCUGCCCUACAACCACACCCUCAUGCCCAAUAUUUAUGGACAUGCCAGUCAGGAAGACGCUGGUCUAGAGGUCCAUCAGUUCUGGCCCCUGGUGAAUAUCCAGUGCUCCCGAGAGCUAAAGCCUUUCCUCUGUUCACUGUAUGCCCCAGAGUGUGAGUCUGGGAGAACCCGCGCCCCCUGUAAGAGGACCUGCCAGGCAGCAAGACAAGGCUGUGAGCCACUGAAGAGGAAGUUUGGUUUUGAAUGGCCUGAGAAUUUCGACUGUGAGCGGUUCAGUGAAGAGACUUGUGAGGCGGUCAGUGUUACUGCCACUGGGGAGGGAAAAAGGGGAGAGCCUAAGACAUCCACUGGGUCUUGUGUACCGAUCACAAUACCUCUAUGCCAAGACCUGCCCUACAACCACACCCUCAUGCCCAAUAUUUAUGGACAUGCCAGUCAGAGAGAAGCUGGUGUGGAGAUGGAUCAGUUCUCCCCCCUGGUGAAAGUCAAGUGCUCCCCAGCAUUUAAGCCUUUCAUCUGUUCAGUGUAUGCCCCAGAGUGUGAGUCUAGGAGAACCCGCGCCCCCUGUAAGAGGACCUGCCAGGAGGCAAGACAAGGCUGUGAGCCACUGAUGACGAAGUUUGGUUUUGACUGGCCUAAGAAGUUCGACUGUGAGCAGUUCAGUGAAGAGACUUGUGAGGAGGUCAGCGUUACUGCCACUAACAUCAAAAAGUCAGAUCUGUCCUCAUUUCUGAAAAGAGAAGGCGUUGCAGAUUUGAGUCCGACAACCUGCCUCAGGCUUUUUUUCCACAUUGAUAGAGAUGGGUCAGGUGAUCUGAACGGGGAGGAGUACCAGGCACUGAAGAGCUAUCUCUCUGUCCUAAAACAACAGUUUACUCGCUGGCUGCUUGGACCUCGUGAAUACUCCAUGUUUGAUCGGAUUCUAAAGGAACAUGGUGUGUCUUUAAGCCAGAAGACAACAGAGGCUAUAUGGACUACUUACAGCUUUGGCAAGGAAAGCAAGUAUGAUGAUUUUGUUGCCAUGGUGGCCGGACUGAUCACCAUGAAAGGUCGGUUUGAUGCUAAGCUCUUGUCCGGUUUACCUUGUGAUUGCAAGAUAGCUGCGUUUACCUUUGAUGAGUUAAUCUACAAUACAGCCCUAUGAGCCUUCAUAUUCGCAGUGGAGAGGACAACCUGUGGUCAGCGAUCAAUAAUUUAGCUGCACUCCUGGGAUCAGAUCUUCAGAGGAAAGAAGACAACAUGAGCACCUGUUCUCUGUGUCAUUUGCUCUUUGGACUAUUACUCGAAUUCUGUUUGCAUUUGUAUUUUUGCUUUUGCUUUUGUCAUUACAUCUUUAUUUCAGACGCCAAGUUCCAUAUAAAAAUAACAGACAUACAACUAUAAAAAAGAGAGAAAAACAAAAAGAUACAACAUACAUAAUACAGUGCAUUAAAAAGUAUGAAGACUUUUGUGCCAAUGUCGUCUUAAGUUCGAAGUAAAUCGAUAGCAGCUCUUCAGAGGGUUGACCAGAGCCUCUACUAUACAGUUCUCAGACCUGUCCAGUCGACACAUGAAACCAUACAUCAAUUGUCUCAAGAGCGCCUCACAGGUUGGUACGUGCUUAGACACAAACAACUGACUAGCACUAUGCAACCUAUAGGCACAUGAAGCAGCAAUUUAAAAGCAUCAUUGUAAGCUACUUUCAGUCUGUGUAUACUCCUUUGUUAUGGAAACAGUUGGAAGAAUGUAAACAUGUGAACAUUUUUGAAUUAUAUAAUAAAAAUAAUAAAAUUAAAA